AUGUCCUGCUACGACCUCUGCCCCACCACCGGCAUCUCCUGCCCGCAGCCCGUGGCCAACAGCUGCAACGAGCCGUGCGUCCGGCAGUGUCCGGACUCCUCCGCCCUCAUCCAGCCGCCCCCGGUGGUGGUCACCUUCCCCGGGCCCAUCCUCAGCUCCUUCCCGCAGCAGGCCGUGGUGGGAUCUGCUGGAGUCCCGGCCUUCGGGGGCUCCCUGGGCUCCGGGGGUCUCUACGGCUCCGGGGCUUUCCCGGGAUACGGCACUCGCUCUGGAUACGGAAUCUCGGCACUGGCCAGCGGCUCCUGCGGCCCCUCGGCGUCACGGCGCUUCAGCCGCCUCCUCCGCGGCUCCUGCGGGCCCUGCUGA